AUGGCGGAUGAACCUGCGGAUGCUUCGAGUCCUUCGACCUACUACGGGGACCUGGUGAGGUUCAAGAAGUCCCAAGAGCCGGUACGUGUCGUUGCCCUUUUGGGCGAUGUGACGGAGCAGUUUAUCGUGGCUCCGGAUCUAGCUGCAGUCGAAGGUGCAGCGGCACCGCAGAGAAACGAGUUACUUCAAAAGAACAGUGCCGUGGUUCUCGCGAUUCUGAAAGCGUUCACGGAGCUCAACAAAGUGCUUUCGGUUGACCAGCUGCACUUCUGCAUCAUGCAGAAGUACGGCAUCAAGGAAUCUGAAUCUCCGUUGGUUCAGCUAGCUCACAGCCAAGCCAGUGCGCUGAAGUCGAUGGCACAACAUGUCAUUCGUGAAGCCAAAAAAACGGGAGGGGCCCGUUUGAAAUGGCUCAAGGAGCUGAAGGAUGCAGUGGGACCGAAACUUCGCGAAAAGAAGUUUGAGCGCAAAAAGAGCGGCGAGAGCCCCGAGAAGAGCGCUGCUCAAGGAGUGCUACCCCCGGCUGCUGGCGAAGAGGCAUCACCCGAGAAAGUUGCGAUCACCGGUCCUUCCCUGAUGAUGUGGCCUACGGACGAGAAUGCUGAUUUGAAAGAAUAUCACGGCCACUCCGUCGUCGGGCCCGAUGGCUUGCUCACCGCUAUCCAGCAUCGGCGGCAGUGGCGCCGGCAGCGCCUGCGAGAUCGACCGAAGAUGACUUGCCGGAGCCGUUCGAAGGCGGCGAGGAAGAGGAAGGAGAGGAAGGAGACGAAGGAGACGAAGGCAACGAAGGAGAGGAAGGACAAGGAGCAGAAGAAGGUGACGAAGGGCAAGGAGCAGAAGAAGGUGAGAAAGACCCAGGAGACCAAGAAGAAGACGAAGAAGCGUGGCAACCCCAAUAGCGGCCCGCUCUGGAAUGCCAUGCAGCAGUUCAUCAAGACUGACUUUUGCACACGUCAUUAG